GACGCCAUCUUGAAAUUGUCCCGACCAGAGGAGGCGAGGAGGAGACGGACUUGUGGAGGAAAAGCAGCUCGUCCUAAAACUCGAUGGCCGCAUUAGCUCCACGGAUUAACGGCAGCCUUACGGGUUAUUGCUAACAUAUGAUAGCGUUUCCACUUGUUCCUUCCAAGUGAUUUCUACGGUGGGGGAGAAGGUUGUUUGGCCCACUUUGGAGAGGGCGAACGCGUAACCGUUGGAGCGGACGGAGCUCCCGGUUGUGGCCGCCGGACCGAGGCUUCCACACGGAUUAUAACAACAAAAACACGCUUUGAACAACCUUUUUUUUUUGCAUGACAUCUGAAAUGCAACAUUUUUUUUAAAAACCCAUUUCGACGCUUUUUUUAAAAAGCGAUGCGACGGAGAAGUUUUUUUGGAGAGCGGAGUGCGCUUGAUUUCCAGUCCGAUGGAUGUUAGCCCUGCGCGGCUGUGGCUCGGCUCUCCGCUUCGCUGCUCUGACAAUAACAGGUGAACUGUAACAAUGCUGCAGACAUGGCAAGUACAUGACGGCCGCGGCUCCAUGACCAACAAGUCGCCCUCCACUGCUCGCCUGUAAACCUGGAAAUACCUCCAACCAUCCUCUCCCUCUUCUUCACCUCCUCCUCUUCCUCCCUUCUGUGUUUUCUUUUGGGUGGGGGGGACUAAAGGCUCGCAUCACCUGGAUAUAUUUUGGAUUUUUUAAAGAUGUCCUUUUUGCAGAGACAAUGCUCUCUGGAGCAGCAAGACAUUUAAUCUGACUCUUGAAUGUGAGAUUGUUGUUGUUUUUAUUCUCUUUUUAGUCAGAGGAUCACAUUCGGAUGGAAAAUGGGAGACGCCACCAAACUGGCCUUCGCCGUUUUCCUCAUCUCGUGCUCUUCAGGUGCCAUCCUGGGACGCUCGGAGACUCAAGAGUGCGCCUACUACAACUCCAGCUGGGAAAAGGAGCGCACCAACCGCAGCGGCAUCGAGCCCUGCUACGGCGAUAAAGAGAAGCGGCGGCACUGCUUCGCCACGUGGAAGAACGUCUCCGGCACCGUGGAGGUCGUGAGGCAGGGCUGCUGGCUGGACGACGUCAACUGCUACGACAGUACCGAGUGUGUGGAGAAGAAGGAGGGCCCCGACGUGUUCUUCUGCUGCUGUGAAGGCAACAUGUGCAACGAGAGGUUCCUGUACUCCCCUGAAGCGAGCCUGCAGAGCGACCCGCACCAUUCAACCGCCUACACCACCUCCAACCCGUUUUCCCAGAAGCCCCAGCUCUUCAGCACUCUGCUGUACUCCCUGGUGCCCAUCAUAGGCCUGGCCGCCGUCGUCCUCUUCUCCUUCUGGAUGUGGAGACAUCACAAACUGGCCUACCCAGCGGCCCUCGUCCCCACACAUCACGCCUUUCACAUUAUGGUGGAGGAUCCCGGGCCCUCACCCCCGUCCCCCAUUUUGGGACACAAACCGCUGCAGCUGAUCGAGCUGAAAGCCAGGGGGCGCUUCGGGUGUGUGUGGAAGGCCCAGCUGCUGAACGAUUUCGUGGCUGUGAAGAUCUUCCCCAUUCAGGACAAGAUGUCUUGGCAGAACGAGUACGAGAUCUUCAGCGUGAGCGGCAUGAAGCACGACAACAUCCUCCACUUUCUCGGUGCGGAGAAGAGGAGCAACAACCUGGACCUGGAGCUGUGGCUCAUCACCGCCUACCACGAAAAGGGCUCGAUGACGGACUUCCUGAAGGCCAACGUGGUGUCGUGGACCGAGCUCUGCCACAUCACUCAGACGGCGGCCCGCGGACUGGCCUACCUCCAUGAAGACAUCCCGGGACACAAGGACGGACACAAGCCCUCCAUUGCUCACAGGGACAUUAAGAGUAAGAACCUGCUGCUGAAGAGUAACCUGACAGCCUGCAUAGCUGACUUUGGCCUUGCCCUGCAGUUUGAGGCGGGGAAAUCGGCAGGAGACACACAUGGACAGGUGGGGACGCGGCGCUACAUGGCUCCUGAAGUCCUGGAGGGCGCCAUCAACUUCCAACGCGACUCCUUCCUGCGUAUCGACAUGUACGCCUUCGGCCUCGUGCUCUGGGAGCUCGUGUCGCGAUGCACCGCCGCCGACGGCCCGGUGGAUGAGUACAUGCUCCCGUUUGAGGAGGAGGUGGGUCAGCAUCCGUCUCUGGAGGACAUGCAGGACGUUGUCGUUCAUAAGAAACUGAGGCCUAUUCUGAGAGACUGCUGGCAGAAACACGCGGGUCUGGCCAUGCUUUGUGAGACCAUCGAGGACUGCUGGGACCACGAGGCCGAGGCUCGCCUGUCCGCCGGCUGCGUCGAGGAGCGCAUCGGACAAAUGCAGCGCCAGGCCCCCGUCAUCGGCCCCGAGGAGAUCGUCACCGUCGUCACGAUGGUGACCAACGUGGACCUCCAGCCCAAGGAGUCCAGCUUAUGAUCGGGCCGAUCGACCGCCAGCGGAAACACGGAUCAACACGAGCAGCCGGCCCUGGUUGGUUGGCGUAGUGUUUUUUUGUUGUUUCUUUCCAAUUUCCGUUUUUGUCCUCCUUUUUUUUUUUUCUUUAAGUGCGGGCCGCUACUCGCGUUCAGGAAACACCGUGCGCCCCCCCCUCACCACAUCCGUUGAUAUCCAUUUUGAUAUCGGAGGAUUUUAACGGUCGAAACUCUCUCGUCCCGAGCAAACGAUUCAGGAUAAUACGACGACGUCACCGAGUGACGUGCUGGGACGCCGACACUCGACAAACACUUUAAUCAUGUAUUGUCUUUACACACACACACACACACACACACACACACAUAGGAGGGCGACCUGUUCUGCUCGGUUUUCUACAGAGAGACAAGAUAACGGAACUCUCGGUGCAUUUUAGUGUAAAACAAAAAAGAAAAGAAGAAAAAAAAGAGGAGCACCUGGCUCUCGAUACAUUUGCUGUUUUUCUCGUGUGCGUUUUUCUGAAGAAACGACUAUCGUUCUGCCAAUAAGCAACGGCUUCUGAAUGUUUAUAGUGUAAUGCUGCUGUACAUAGUGUAUUAUGGACCCAGACAACUUGGUAAUCAAGCUUAUUUUAAAGGGGGAAGGGGGAGGGGGGGGUCCAUUCUCAAGCAUUACGACGAUUAAAAGAAAACCAUAAACCUCCUUCAACCAGGUAUACCUCAGUUCAGAUGGACACAGUUUAAAUUAGUCUCCCUGUUCACAGUCAUAGCUCACACUUUCCCUUGGCUCUUCAUGACAUCCAAACAACCUGCUGUCAGCCACGGCGCUCAUGGGUAAUGUAGUCAGCAAAGCCUCUGUACACACGGCCAUACACACUGGGAACUACAGUGUUCCUCCCCGUUCUCUCAUCUGUCCUGUUGCUCCACUUUGAUUUGUGACUGAAUAUUCACUUUUGUUUAUUUCUUUUCUCUUUGAGAUUUUCUUCUGAUGAUGAUAAUGAUGAUGAUUGGAAAAAAAACAAAAAACAGAGAAAACCCCCCACGAUGAAAGUGAUUUUUCUUUUUUUUCCCGUUUUUUGGUUUGCCGUGUCAACUGUCAUCCUAAUAUCUAUCGCCGACGAGUGAGAUCUGGAUAUAGAGUACAUGUAUUUAUAUCUCUCUGGAUUAGCGCUGGGUACUAAUGAUACCUUUGAUAUUUGGUAUCAAACUCUUGGAGCCUAUUCGUCUGGUUCUUUUCAUCAGAUCUGUCACGUGUGGUCUGAUUCUAUUGAUAUUAACAAAACGGAGCGACCCGUGUGUUUGCUUUAGGAGAGGUGUCGCAUGAAGUGCAGGGGUACCCAGCCCUGAUCUGGAUUCAUACCUGUAUUUAGCUGAGCCAGCUUGCUUUUGAUUUGAUUGCACACACACGCAUCCUUUUUUUUUUGUUUUGUUUUAUUACUAUCAAGAGUUUCUGCUCUCCUUUGAUACACCUCAGGAAACUUUGCUACUCGCCACCAACUCGCAUCAUCCUCCUCCUCCUCCUCCUCACCCGUCUUGGACUGGAGUACCUCCUCUCUUGCUGAUACUUACGCUUUCCUCUCUCUCUAGACUCUGUUUAGCCGUGCUGUCAUGCUCAAAAACAUCGUCUCCGCAGGCUUUAAGACCAGAUAAAAUUUAAUCUCGACACUAAUCUCAGACCGGUACAUUGUACCGGUCGAACCUUGUCAAUCCCUCUACAGCUGUUUAUUAAAUCCUACGUCUUAGAGCAAGUAUUUCCACUUUGGUGACAUUUGAGCAACUGCUCAGUCCUUUCUAUCUCUGGACAUCUCGCUGGAUAGACCGGCUUUAGACACAAGCAGCUGUGUGUUAACCCUUUUCACAAUUAAAACCAAUAAAUUGUCACUAAGGUGCAGCUUUAUGUCCCACAUACAGCGCUGACAUGAAUGAGUUUUGAAGCGAACGCACGGCUAGCUGCAGUGAGACGAGUUGAGACGAGGACUCUCUCCUUCAUCCUGGUGCCAUUUCUACGUAUCCAUACUCUUGUUACUCUUGUAGAUGUCAAGCAAAACGGAUGUAUUUGUCAUUGUAGUGACACAAUGGCAUUUUUUUGAGUCUUUUAUUUCUUCUGAGGGACGUUGAACACCGGUGCCGGCAGACCUGCAGUCUCUCCUCAAGCUUUGGGACGGUUUCACAAGACGCAGUUUAAAAUCUAGCGCUUUUAAAUCAAGUAAAGAAAAACAUGAAGAAGCUUCUUUCUGCCAAACCGUUUCACGUUCAAAGCAAUUCACAAUCACGCUUUCUUUACUGUACUGUAGUGCUCGAGAUGAUGAAUAGUAGACGAGUUUGUGAGGGAAGUCACAGCAAACAUCAAGUCUAUAACUGAGCUAGACAUUUGUUUAGAGUGCCAACAUGUUCCCCAAAUAUUCUGGUAUUUACUAAAACACUUCGAUAAACUAGCUUAAUACAAACAACUGACAAAAGGCAGUUUUCCACCAAACAACCCAGAAACUCUAAGAACUAAAGAGCAGAAGAUCUACAUCUGUUGGCGUUCCUGUUGGACCUCUAACACGCUGACGAUUAGGUGAAUGAGGAGGAAGUGAUGGUCGGGUUUGAGAUAUUAUCUCAGUACAAUAUAAGACUAUUGCAACAACACAGCAAACCUGAAGGAAGUUAAAGCCAUCUUCUUAUUCACUGUAGCACGAGUACAAUAUUCACAUCGAUAUCGCUUCCCUUUGCUCCUGCUGUUUUUCAAUUAACCGUCAUUUGUCUGAGGUGAAACAGUCGGGGACAAUUAGCAGCCCUUCAGCACUACCUCACUCGCAGGGAUUUCUUCGGGGUAGAAAGUGUGGCAGAAACAACCAAAAUCAUAACCAGGUUCCUCCGGUAGGAAAGGGAUUCAAAGUCCUUCAAACGGUUCCAGUUUGGGGGAUUAUAUUAAGGAGUAAACGCUCAUUCCUCUCCAUGAGUUUGAGAUGACUCGUCAUUUUUACCAUUAAACUUUUCCAAGACUUAAUGGAUGGCUUCUUUUUUAAAAACCUAAAGGAAAAACACCAGUAUUACCUUUUUUAUCUCCAAGUUUGUGUCCAAAAGUGUAAAACUCACCAGUAUUUCAGCAGCCAAGUGGAUUUAAAAAACUGCCUCCAAGGUUUGUUUCCUGCCAAAGUGGCUGUUACAGUUGACGUAUCAGCCACAGCAACAACAACAACGUGCCAGUUUUUGGUUGGCGGUCACAUCCCAUCUUCAGUGUUAAACCGCUGGAGUUUAAACGGCGCUUGAGAAACCGGCCCAAACCAACAAACACCAUUCAGGGAUUCAGUACUAUGCUUUUCUAAGUUCUAGCAAGUUAUAUGCAACCAGUGCCGCAAACUACGCUACACUGCUGUAGGACCAGCUGCAGGAGUGACUUUCAAUACGCAGACACACAAAUAACUUGUAGCAUUUUAAUUUCUCUUCUUUUUAAUCCGUUACCUUGCAUAUUGAUGUGUUGUAUUUAUUUUUUAAUUUACAGGCCUGAGGUUUUGGGUAUCAGAACUCAGGUGCAACUCUGAAUAAUGUCGUAAGGGUUGGCACGAUAUACGGUUGUUGUUGUUGUUGAGGGGGGGGGGGGGUUCAGUUGUAAUUCAGGAAAUACUUUCAUUAAUUCAAAAAGAAAAGAUAUAAACUGUAACAUGCUUCUUUCUAUUCAGUCUAUGGACAAACGACCGAGAAUGAUUGUUCUUCAGACUCCUGGGUUCCAGUAUUGUGUGUGCUUUGGUGGAUUGAGCCCGGCCCUGUGUAACUCUAGAGGGCUCUGGGUUUGGCUGGUUUCGUGUGAUUGUGCCCCGUCGCUGUAGAAACUAGUAAAACCAACGCACUGGGAGAUCCAUUCAUACACCUCCUGGUUGUACGCUGACCUGCUCUGAGGGCAUUGAACUAGCGGGCUGACCCCGUACACGCCAACCACAAAGAGAAGAACAAUUCUGUGCAUUGAAUAUAACAGACCACGCUCCACAUGCGCUCUUUAAGAAGCAUAUCGGUUUAUCCCAAAUAACUUUGUCUUCAUCUGAACCUGCGUCCAGAUGUGAACACUUCUUUGCUUCCCCUCAGGUCUGGACUAUCUCAGCAGAUCUGACCCGGACAUGGUGUCACUUAAAGGUGUAUGAAUGGGUUCCUCAGCAUGCAGCUUUACGUGUUUCUAUCUCGACCUCCUCUCGCCCAGCGCCUCACAUUGCUGUGCAUAUUAACUACCAGUGAAACAUUUGUGUCUUGUUGCCCCACUAUUUUAAGCAGUCUAGGAUCUGUACAGACAUGAGAACAUAAAUACCUGUAUCAACUAUAUACUCUGAGCUGAAUCUUUAUAAGUGUGUGUUGAACUUCGGUGUUUCCUCUUCAUUCAUUUCUACUUUUCUGGUGUUUUACCUCGGCUCGGUCCGGCUCAUGACUUUAAGUUGAGCUUUGUGUCAGCUGAAAGCUGGAGGCUCAUUGGAGUACUUUGUAAAGCAUCCAAGUAGGCACUUAAGUUACACAAAUAUCCAACAUGGUGUUCCUCAGGGUACCUACUUGGGUCCCCUGACAGUUGCAAUUUGAAGAAUCCCCAAUGCUCUUAAACAUCAGUUGCAAUACUCCUCGUGACAAAGCAAUCACCCACUACAGAUACUUCAUUCCAGCAUCUCCAUCUCCUCCUUUUCCCACUGUUGGUAAGAAUUUUAGAGGAAACAUUGAACUCCAAUGGCCUCGCGACAGCAGGAUAAGUCUGGUGGCCAGGACGGAAAUUUGUACAAAAACAACCCAAAACACUACAGGCGUUUUUCGACCCCACAUUUCUCAAGGCUCUGGAGCAGCAGCGCUGAUCCAGGAUCUGCCAACGCAGCCUGACAUGGUAAUGACGCUCACAGGGUUUCUGGUUUUCAAGGCUGGAAGUAACCGAUAAAUCUGAUAGUCACAAAAACGUCUCUAAAAUGAUGAAAAUGUUUAUUUUUUUGUUUUCUAUACUCCUGAUACAUGUGACUGUGCGUUUUAUUUUGCUGACUAAAAGAUGUGAAAACAGGACAAGAAACUUAUGUCUGGAAUUUCAAACUGGAGUUCUUGAGACCUCCCAGUGAAGGGACAAGGGAGGAUUGGAGGAAAGUUCUCUUGGUAAAGUAUUACAGCCGAGAAGAAGCUUGAGAAACCCUGGAAGCAUUAUCACAGAGACCAACCAGAUCCCUGAUCAGCGCUGUGACUCUGGGCCAUGUUUUUAUCAGCUGAAGUGAUCCACGUGAUGUAAAUAAAUGUUUUUAGAUUGUGAA